GUGUAAGGGGCAGCUGACGCGCCUGUGAAGACCUCACCAGGGCUCAUGUGAGCGACUAGAUCGCCGCGGCCCUAAACAACAACAAGUGUGACGUGACCUGCUGGGCCUUGGCAGUUUCUCGUGGAGGAGGAGCCCCGCGGCGCCUGGGCACACGACUGUGUCCCAUUGGCCCCACUGGUGCUAGUGUUGAAGUGGGGCUGUGGGACAGGUGCUGUGCUCAGCACUUCCGUCCUUGCUGCCGCUGAUUUCAGGACUCCUUUGUGUAUCCCAUCCCUUGCCUGCUCAGUUGGACACUGAGUGUGGCUUUGAAGGAACCUCGCUGCCUGCUCCAGCAUCUCUAAGGUUCCUGCAAGACCAGCUGACUCCUCACAUCCGGAGUAGUGUUGCAGUGGAGGCUGCAAGGCAGGGCAGCAGCUGGAGUGGCUGGGAUCAGCAGGAGCAGACUGCUACUGGUGUGAGCUUCAGGAGGGAUCAGAAGCACCACCACUGCCACCACCUCCGCCACUACCAACAACAACAACAACUGCUGGCCUCUUCAUCCACAAAGGGGAAAGUUUGAAUUUCAAAAGUGUGAGAAGAUCUGAGAGUGAGAGCAAGUUUACCAGCCAAAGCCAAGAGUGUGGGAAAAGACAUUCCUGGAAGGAUGACCUCAACAAAUACACCCACACACUCUGCUGUAAGACCUCAUGCAAACCGGGAGUGUCAAAAGGUUUAGUAAUAAGAGUAACCCCCAAACAUCACACCCUUAAGUUACGGUUACACUAGUCAACGAAAUGCUUGGAGUCCAACCUUAAACAGCUGUCCAUCCAAUUCUGUCUUUGGACGAGUGGUUAGACGAGUCCAACCUUGUCGUAAGGGUGGCGGAGAGAGAGAGAGGGGGAGAGGGGGAGGGAGGAAGGGUAAGGUAAGGAGGGGAGGGACGGAGGGAAGGGAGAGGGUGGUAAGCCUAAUAACAUUCCAAAGCACCUCUUGGGGUUGAACCUUUUCCAGGAGAUCGUGAAUAACUUCAGUUUUCCACUCCAUCACGGCGAGAACAGUUCAAGUUAUGGCGCGUAGGGAGAGGAAAUGUUUACACCGCAACGGUAGUCAAACAAUUGUCUGCUUAUUGCCACUAUAUACAUUCUAUAGAAUUUCAUUUCUAUUUCAAGAUAUUUUUAUACUAAUAAAUACUUCAUCUCUUAUGACUGAAUAAGCUGUAUACUUUCUUUUCAAAUAUGUCAUAAAUAUGAAUACUGUAUAACAUAGAUCUUCAGUUUUCUUCCCUUGGAUGAGAUCCAAGGGAAGGAGUACAACGCUACUGGGCGAGGUAUCUUUCCUCCAACCCUACGCUCGGAUUCUAAACGAAAUCCUCCAACCUUGGAUGAAAUUCAAGCGAAUCAUUGGAAUCCAACCAUUUCGUUGACUAGUGUAACCGUAGCUUUACACGCACUGGUGAAGGAAAUCAUGAGUAAAGUUGGUAGGAAAUGUUUCACUCGGAAGAGUCACCUCAACACACACACCCUUACUCACACUGGUGAAAGAAAUCAUAAAUGUGAAGUUUGUGGGAAAUGUUUCACUUGGAAGAGUCACCUCAACAGACACACCCUUAUGCACACUGGUGAAAGAAAUCAUAAAUGUGAAGUUUGUGGGAAAUGUUUCACUCUGAAGAGUAACCUCAACAAACACACCCUUACACACACUGGUGAAAGAAAUCAUAAAUGUGAAGUUUGUGGGAAAUGUUUCACUCAGAAGGGUAAUCUCAACAAACACACCCUUACACACACUGGUGAAAGAAAUCAUAAAUGUGAAGUUUGUGGGAAAUGUUUCACUCUGAAGAGUCACCUCAACAGACACACCCUUACACACACUGGUGAAAGAAAUCACAAAUGUGAAGUUUGUGGGAAAUGUUUCACUCGGAAGAGUGACCUCAACACACACACCCUUACACACACUGGUGAAAGAAAUCAUAAAUGUGAAGUUUGUGGGAAAUGUUUCACUCAGAAGGGUAAUCUCAACAGACACACCCUUACACACACUGGUGAAAGUGAAAGAAAUCAUGAGUGUGAAGUUUGUGGGAAAUGUUUCAAUCAGAAGAGUAACCUCAACACGCACACUCUUACACACACUGGUGAAAGUAAUCAUGAGUGUGAAGUUUGUGGGAAAUGUUUCACUUGGAAGGGUAACCUCAACUCACACACCCUUACACACACUGGUGAAAGAAAUCAUAAAUGUGAAGUUUGUGGGAAAUGUUUCACUCGGAAGGGUAACCUCAACUCACACACUCUUACACACACUGGUGAAAGAAAUCAUAAAUGUGAAGUUUGUGGGAAAUGUUUCAGCCAGAAGAGUCACCUCAAGUCACACACUCUUACACACACUGGUGCAAGUAAUCAUAAAUGUGAAGUGUGUGGAAAAAGAUUCAAACGGAAGGGUUCAUUGGACUUGCACAUCUUCAGACACGCUGGUCAUAAAGGAUUCAAGUGCGAUGUUUGUGAGAAACGUUUCACGACUAAGUAUGAGAUUGCCAAGCACAUGAAGGUCCACUUCUCCUGAGGUGCUGUGCUGAUUCAGUUCUGCUGUGUGUGGGAGCACAAGUGUUUGUUGCAGUGGUGUUAGAGGCUGUGUGUAGCACAGAGAACAAAAAAAUAAUCAUCUAUUGGAACAAAUGGUGACUGUGACAGCUUGAUCUAUUAUUCACUUUCCAACUUAGGCUGCAUGUGGUUGGUGGGUCCUGUGAAAGGUCUGAUCUUUUUGGUGAUUGUGCUGGGCUGGCUGUUGUGGCCAGGGCUUAUUACCCAAAUGUGUGUGUUACCGUUACCGUUGACGAGGCUUCAGGCCCCGGUCCACUGCCAGCUCAGCGCUCCACAGGGCCAUCAACAUUAUGACAAUAAUGUUAGCACUGAAAGUUGUCCUCAGUCCUAAUGUUUGUAACGUUGUAGGAUUUAGUGAAUAAGUGAGUCUUCAGUGCUUCUUUAAGGUUGCCAGAUUGCCACUGCUCUUAACGUCCUCGGGUAACUCAUUGUAGAGCCACGGGGCACUCUUCUCAAAUGCUCUGAAACCCAGUUCCAGGUUGACUCUGGGCUCAUAGAGUCUAAAGUACUGUUCUGCACUGUGUCUCAGUGGCAUGGCGGUGUCCAAAUGAAAAUCCUGCAGUAAAUUUCUCAUAUAUCUAGGUUUACCAAGUCAUGUUGCCUGAAAAGUCAGACACAUAUUUUGUAGACUAUUCGUGCCUUAAUGGGUAGCCAAUGUAAGUCUAUCAGUGCAGGUGUUAUUCUCUCACGUGGUGGCAGACCCUUUAUUAGCCUUUCAGCUCUGUUCAUGACAAGUUGUAGUUUCUUCAGCAGAUAUUUAGGGAAGCCAUAAUAAAGAUAAUUACAAUAAUUCAGCUUACUACUUACAUGAUUAUAUACAAGCAUCUUCAUGGUCUUUUCAUUCAAGUAUUUCUUGACUAAUGAAAUAUUUCUUAGAUGGUAGCCUGCUGUUCUCACUACCUGGUUGAUCAGUUCUUUGAAUGAUAGAGUACAAUCACUUAUCACACCUAGGUCUUUGGUUGCCUUUUUUACAAUCAUAGUGUCAUCAUUAAUCCAAAGAGUGGAGGUAUCUAGCCUCCUGAGAUACUUAUUCUUCCCCACUAUCAGGCAUUCAGUUUUGUCCUCAUUCAGCUUCAAUUGUUUAAAAUUCAUCCAUUUCCCAACAUCAUCCAUAUUUCUGCUCAGCUUAUCUAAAGUAUUUUCCACGUCACUUAGUGACAGCUUGAACUGUGUAUCAUCGGCACACAGUUUAAAAUCAACUCUGUGCUUUCUUAGCAAAUGUGAGAGUCCAGUGGUAUACACAGAAUAAGAUUGGACCCAGUACACCUCCCUGAGGGACUCCUCUGUUUAUAAGUAGAGAACGAGUUACCUAUUUGCACACAGUAUGUUCUGUUCUCAAGGUAGCUCCUCAGACAGUCAAGUGCACCACCCUCAUUCCAAUGGUUUUACAAUAUUGAAGCAAUAAACUGUGUUCCACCAUGUCAAACACAGUACUUAAGUCUAACAAAAUCAGAACACCAUACUUCCCUUCAUCCACGAGUACAAGUAAAUUAUUUACCACUGAACAGAGAGUAGUUUCUGUUGAGUAAAGUAUCUUAGAUAGAAAUGUCAAGUUGGAUACUGGUCUGAAGGAACUUAAACACUGUGGAUCCAGUUUACCCUUGACUAUAGAUUUCACGAUCGCCACUUUCUCUCUCUCCGGAAAAACCUUGUAUUCAAUACUGAUGUUAACCAUCUCUGUCAUAAUAUUUAAUAAAUCACUAAAGUUUCCGCUCUUAAUGAUGUCACUUAUCGGGAAGGGAUCAUUAUCACAGUACGUCAGUGUCACCCUGUGUACGAUAGAUUUCACCACAGCCACAUCCACUUGUUGAAAGCAUGUUAGCUUAAUUUCAGGGACCAGUGUUUCCAAAGUGGGUCCAUGGUGACCAUCCACUUUAAAGUUCAUGAUAACAUUCUCAAUUUUCUUAUCGAAAAAGUCUACAAACAUGUUUGCCUGUACGUCGUCUGGAAACCCAUCCGGUAGCUUUUUAACUUCUUUGUUUCCAGUCAAACUAUCAAGCACUUUAUAUAGUGUAUUGAUAUUAGGCCCUGCCUCCAUUAAUAGUAAUAAUAAAGUGUAUAUGGUCUCCGCAGCCGCUAAGCUUAAAAUGUUCAUAUUAUAAACACAUUGUAAAGAACACGUACAAAAUAACAGGGUUGGGGUUCUGGGAUCUAACACAUCAGUGGGAGGUUGGAAUGAUGGUGGUGGGAGGGUGGAGUGCAGUGUGGUGGUGGCAGGGAGGGGGAGGACAUCCUCUUCCAAAUGGUGGCAAGGUGUUAGUCCCAGGUCAUCCUUGGGUCAGAUGCUGAUGGCAGGAUGUAGGUAGACCAGUGGGAGGUAACUCUGGCCACAGACUGAGCAUUGCUGUGCCAUAUCUUGGGCUUGCACAACAGCAGUGUCA